UGGCAGCUUGGCCUAUCCACCUCACCUCAAACGCUCCUCCAACUUCAGCACCUGAAACCAUGACUUCCAACAUCAUCCGCACAUCAUCUUCCUAUCCUCUGGGCAGCAAGCUUCCUGGAGCAACCAACAUCUCCAUCUCUUCCAUUGAUGUUGGUGGCAAACCUGGAGCACAGGUCAAAGCCGCCUCCAUGUGCUUUUCUGCUGCGAUGGCCCACAACAACCGAGUCCGUGUUGGAACAACCUCUCUGGGCCGACCCAGCCUCUGUCUGCCAAACAGCUGCCGGUCAGCCUGCCCCUUACCUGGAGCCCUCGACAUCCCUGCCAAUAUUGGAAACUGUGGGAAUUAUGGUGAAGGGUUCCUGAAUGGUCAUGAGAAGGAGACCAUGCAGUUCCUGAAUGAUCGUCUGGCCAACUACCUGGAGAAGGUGCGUCAGCUGGAGCAGGAGAAUGCAGAGCUGGAGACCAAGAUUCAAGAAUGGAGCAAGUGCCAUCCUUCUUAUGUGUGCCCAGAUUACCAGUCCUACUUCAGGACAAUCGAGGAACUACAGCAAAAGAUUCUCUGUACCAAGGCUGAGAAUAACCGGCUGGUUAUUCAAGUGGACAAUGCCAAAUUGGCUGCUGAUGACUUCAGGAUCAAGCAUGAAAGCGAAUUGUCCCUUCGCAAGUUGGUGGAGGCUGACAUGUGCGGGAUGAACAAGCUUAUGGAUGGCUUGACCCUGGCCAAAAGUGACCUGGAGGCCCAGGUUGAGUCUCUGAAGGAAGAGCAGUUAUCUCUCAAGAGCAACCAUGAGCAGGAAGUACACAACCUGCAAUGCCAGCUGGGAGAUAAGCUGCGCAUUGAGCUGGACACAGCCCCACCUGUGGACCUCAACCGGGUGCUGGGUGAGAUGAGGUGCCAGUAUGAGGCCAUGGUGGAGACCAACCGGAAUGAUGUGGAGCAGUGGUUCUUGGCUCAGAGCGAGGGCAUCAAUCUGCAGGCGAUGUCUUGUUCAGAGGAGAUACAGUGCUGCCAAUCUGAGCUUCUGGAGCUAAGAUGUGCGGCGAAUGCUCUGGAAAUUGAACGUGAAGCUCAGCACAAAUUGAAAGAUUGUUUGGAAAACUCCUUGUGUGAAUCUGAGGCUCGCUAUAGCACCGAGUUGGCCCAGAUGCAGUAUCUGAUAGGCAAUGUGGAGGAGCAGCUGGCUGAGAUCCGGGCUGACCUAGAACGCCAGAACAACGAGUACCAAGUGCUUCUAGAUGUCAAAGCCCGGCUGGAGUGUGAGAUCUCCACCUACCGAAAUCUGCUGGAGAGCGAAGAUUGCAAACUUCCUUGCAAUCCUUGUGCAACACCUGCAUCCUGCGUCCCCCCACCCUGCGGUCCUCGACCCAGCUGUGGUCCCCGAACCACCUGUGUCCCUCCUCGCUCAACUUGUGGCACCAACCUGUCUGGUCGAUUCUGA